AUGGCGCAGCAGCCGUUGUCCACGUCGGCGAUCCCAACCGACAUCUACGGUGGAGAUGAGGUUUCUGCCCUCGUUCUCGACCCCGGGUACUGCAACACCCGCGCAGGCUUCGCCGGCGAAGAUGUUCCCAAAGCUGUUCUGCCCUCGUUCUACGGGCACGUCACCAGCGAGCCGCAGCACGACCUCUUUGGCGAUGAAUGCAUCAUCCCCCGCGCCGAUUUUGAGAUUCGCAACUACAUGAAUCGAGAAAGUGUCGUCGAAGACUGGGAUGUCGCGUCCAAAAUUUGGGAGAACAUGCUCGUCAAGCGCCUGCAACCCGAGCGUCAAACACCACCCUCUAGGAAUGGGCUGAACGACGUCGUCAAGGACCAGGAUGGCGAGGGCGACAUUGCCAUGGACGAGGUCGAGAACCAAGAAAAGCCACUGCAAGAAAAUCCACUCUUGAUGACAGAAGCAGCAUGGAACUCGCCCAAGGCGAGAGAGAAGGCCAUCGAGAUCAUCAUGGAGAACUGGGGAUGUCCUGCGUUCUGGUUAAGCCGAACUCCCGUGCUCUCUGCUUUUGCUGCGGGCAAGGCAACUGCUCUGGUCAUCGAUGUCGGCGGCGCCAACACCUCCGUUACCGCUAUCCACGAUGGUAUGGUUCUUAAGCGAUCUAUACAGCGUUCUCCAGCUGGUGGCCUGUGGUUGUCAUCCCAGAUUCGCAACAUGUGGGAGACCUCUGACCCCAAGGUCCAACUGACGCCGACGUACAUGGUUGAAAACAAGUCGCCCGUUGACGCCUUAGCCCCUGCUCAAGUCCGACUACGAGAGUUCCCCUUCCAGAUCAGCGAUUCAUUCCGCGCCUACGAAGAGGAGAGGGUUCUCACCGAAUUCAAGGAGUCUGUUGUCGAGGUCUGGCGAGGUCCCGGCCGAUAUAGCGCGCCUAAUAAUGAAGACUAUAUCAAGACGCAACCUGGUCGUGUUUUCGAGAUGCCCGACGGCUACAACCAAAUGUGGCGCGAGCAGCGAUUCAAAGUUACGGAAGGCUUGUGGGACGAGAACGCUGGAUACGCCGUCCCAGAGUCGGAGCGCCUCACCAAGGCCCAAACGAUUCCUGAACUCAUUCGCGCCUCUCUCGGUGCCGUGGAUGUCGACCUCCGCGGCAAUCUGCUAGCCAACGUUGUUGUCACGGGCAGCACUAGCUUGAUCAACGGCUUCAACGACCGCUUGAGCAAUGAAUUGACUGCCAUGUACCCUGGACUUAAGGUGAAGAUUCACGCGGCCGGUCUUUCUAGCGAGCGACGAUUCGGCUCCUGGAUUGGCGGCAGUAUCCUGGCCAGUUUGGGAACUUUCCACCAGAUGUGGAUAUCGAGAAAGGAGUACGAGGAGAAUGGUGCUGGUGUCGUCGAAAAGCGGUGCAAGUAA